AUAUAUAAACAGACAUGUAACCGUCUGCUAACACGCUUUCAACCUUUCAAACUUAUUAUACUUUUCUUUUGAAUUCAAUUUGCCGACAAGUACAACCCCCCACCCUUACCCCAACCCCUAACACCGGUCCACCACCAUCACUAGUGGAUACAAUCACCUUCAAAAACCCUUUAUUUUGUUCAAAUUCUUAUGCUUUUUUUAGUGUACCUCCAUGAAGACUAAAAAGUUCUCCAUUUUGACCUCUAUUUUCCACCACCAUCAUCUUCAUCCUCAAUCACACAAAUUUCUUGGAUCUUUACCCCAUUUCUAUGCCUCAUCAUACCCACAAACACUUCUAAAACAUACACCCAGACAACACCAUGAAUCACCUCUUUGUACCCGCAAUUCAAGAACUUAUGCUCUUGAAUCUAUCAAAACUCUCAAAAGCUACAAUCUUUAUCAAAACUCUUGCAUACCCAUCUCCAAGAUUCACACAGAAUCCACCCCUGAACAUGAUUCUGCUAACAAUCUUGAUCUUGAUGAUGAUCAUGAUGUGUGGUUGAUCAUGAAAGAUGAAGCAAGAUCUGAUCUUGAUCAAGAACCCAUAUUAAAAAACUACUAUUUCACUUCAAUCUUAUCUCAUAACACCAUGGAGAGUGCUCUAUCUCAUCAUUUAUCCAUAAAGCUCAGUGAUUUAACCCUCCCAAGUGCUACCCUACAUGAGCUUAUCAUGGGUGUGCUCACAGGUGAUCAAGAAAUCAUCAAAGCAGUUAAAAAUGAUCUAAAAGCAGUUAAAGAAAGGGACCCAGCUUGUGUUAGCUAUGUCCACUGUUUCCUACACUUUAAAGGGUUUCUUGCUUGUCAAGCACAUAGGGUGGCACACAAACUAUGGUUACAAAACAGAAAAAUAUUAGCCCUUUUGAUCCAAAACCGCGUAUCCGAGGUUUUCGCUUUGGAUAUUCAUCCGGGAGCGAAAAUGGGAAGCGGGUUGUUGCUUGAUCAUGCUACGGGAGUUGUGAUCGGAGAGACAGCGGUUGUUGGGGACAAUGUGUCCAUUUUGCAUAAUGUGACACUUGGGGGGACCGGAAAGAGUGGCGGGGACCGCCACCCGAAGGUGGGUGAUGGGGUGUUGAUAGGGGCAGGGACUUGUGUUUUGGGUAAUGUUAGGAUUGGUGAAGGGGCUAAGAUUGGGGCUGGGUCAGUUGUGGUGAAGGAUGUGCCUGCAAGAACUACUGCAGUUGGGAACCCUGCUAAGUUGAUUGGUGAAAAAGGUAAUCCAGUUAAACAUGACAAGAUUCCUAGUCAUACUAUGGAUCAUACAUCACAUAUUGAGUUUUAUGAUUAUGUUGUUUAGAAACAUUUAUGUAUGAUCAUACAUAUGUUAUGUUUAACUUCAAUAAGAUGAUUUGUUUGAAAUCUUAUGGCAAGAUUGUUUAUA